UUUGUUUAAAUGAACGUAUUUCCUUAUACAAAAAAUGACAAAUUAAGGAAUAUCCCUAAUUAAUUUUCUAUUGUUUCGUCUGAAUUGGAUUAAUACUUCUUCCAUGGAUUCUUAAGGGCACAAAUUGUGAUUUAGACUUAAUUUUUUUUAUUUAAUAAGUAAAGAAGUGAUGGAAAUUUUCCCCGUUAUUUUCUUACACUCUUUCAUCCCUCUAUCUGCAACCAUUACGUAUAGCUUUGCUCCAACAAGCCAUUUAACAGUCAGUAUAUGACUUCAAAUGGGCUAGCAACCUGUAUUUAAUUUACGCCAGGAUGGGGACUCGAACAAAGACCUUAAAAUUAUAAGCCGAAUGCGCUACCAUUGCACCAUCUACGUUAAGUAGCUAAUUAAUAACGCAUUAUUUCAGCCAUAUUUCAUUUACCGAAAUAGUUAAUUUUGAAAAAGAAAAUUUGCAUUUUUAAAAGUUUCUCUUUUUGUUUGUUUGAAAGACCUGCAAAUAUUUGUAAAAAACGUUUUCCAGCCAAGGCGUUUAUGGACAACUUCUUGAGGACCAAUUCUUUGAUUAAAAUGUAUGUUUUAAUUUGCAAAUGCGCUAACUCAUUCUUGGCUGUUCGCAUAAAUAUUUCAAACGUGAUUUAUUUUUAUUUCAGGAAAAAAAAAAAACAAGCAGCAGUGGCAUGCUACUAUAUCAAAAGUCAGUUAACCACGUUUGCUGUUGAAUGUGUUCUACCUAGUAAUUCAAGACCCACAAAUUACAAUCACAAUCUGUUUAUCCUUCACACGCAAUAAUGAUUGUACGCUCAUUAAAAGAUGUCAUCUCCAUCAAAAUAAAAGCAAGACACGACAGUUUUUGCGAUCAAUUCAGCAGACUGUUUAUGACAAAAAUGCUUCUCAUAGCAAGUGUUAUAAUGGGUUUUGAUUAUUUCUCUGAUAAAGUAUCAUGUAUAGUCCCACGAGCUAGCUCACUUUCUAAAGACUUUAUCCAUUCGGCUUGUUGGAUAUCAGGACUCUUUAUUUAUGCUGAAAUGAAGGAUCGUCUGGAAGACAGUGGUUAUUAUGGAAUACCACAUAAGAUUAAGCAUGACGGCUUGCGAGAUGGACACUUAUGCGAGACUAAAGACUUAAAUAAAGUCCACAGCACAUGCAUCCGAAUGGGAAGAAUUUACUAUUUGCAAUACCAAUGGAUGCCGUUCUACAUUGGGGCGUUGGCGGUGUUAUAUUAUUUUCCUUACAUCAUAUUCCGCCUUGUCAAUGCGGAUUUAGUUAGCUUAAAGGGAGCUUUAAAAUCAACAUCGGAUGCUGAUGGUAUUGUGAAGAAUUAUUUCAACUACAAAAUCAACCCAUUGUCGCAAUUGCGAAAGCGUGUAUGGUUGAAUAUUCUGGUGAAAAUGAUCUACGUAGCGGUUAACUUGUUCGCUUUUUAUUUUACGGAUUACUUGUUGCUUGGCAACUAUGUUGGUUACGGAAAGAGUUAUUUGGAUUGGACAAAAUUAGACACCACUGAAGCUCACAUCAGUGCACGAGAGAGAGUGGAUCCAAAACCAGGAAACAAGCUUUUACCAUCCAUGGGAUUAUGCGACAUACAUGAAGCAACAGCCGAUGUUUCGUCAUCAACCGAAAACAUAAAUAAAUUUAUCUGCGAAAUAUCACCCAACAUUCUGUACCAAUACGUUCUAAUUAUCCUUUGGUUUCUGUUUGUGCUCAGCAUAUCAAUGUCCAUCUUAGGAUUGGUGAGCAACAUUGCCGAGCAGGUGUAUCGUCUUGGCAGCGCGACUUCAAAGAAAACUAUCUACCGUUACAUAACUCUAAGAGAGACAGAAUAUCUUACUUUCAUUAGGAAGAAGAAUAUGGUAUUGUACGGUGAUGUAUUAAGGAAGUUAAAGCAACAGCGCGCUGAUUUGCAGGGCAAGUUCAUGGAAGGAUUUGAAACGAGUAACGGAUUUGUUUAAGCAUUAUUCAUCAAUAAAAAAAGAAAGCUUGAACUCGAGCUUAUCAAAUGUAAAGAAUCGUACGCAUAAAAGAAUCUAAUGAUUAAAAGUGAAAUUGGAGCGAUUGUGGAUAUGCUGUUGGUGAUCACUGCUUAGUUGCGUAUUGCGCAAACUGUGUGAAAAAAAGUAGAAUGAAGUAGAACUAGAUGGCUGUAAAGAAAACAAAAAUAUGUUAAUAUUAUAAUGUCUGAUUCGAGAUAUAUAAGUAACUACUAUAAUUUUUAUUUAAACAGUGGCAUUUGGAAGGAAUUAUUUUUAAAUUCAUAAGUUCUCUACUCUAAAUCUAAUAAUAUGUUAUGUUCUGUAAAUCUUGUCAUUAUUUUUGAGGUAAAAGCUAAUAGAAAUUGUGAUGAAAAGAUCACAUCAAAAAAAACGUAAGUGACGCAAGGCGGCAGGGCGCUCAUCUAUUCACGCCCAUUAACGUUAAAUAAACGUUGAAAGGAGAAGAAAAUCAAGCUAUACAGAUCUUUUAUCUGUUAGUCUGGAUCUAUUUACCUUUAAGGGAAGAGAUUGUUUUGCUGGAGAAACAGUUGCGGAAUUUAAGUUUGUGAAUAGGACCUCCAGAUUUGUGUAAAAU